GAGAGAGCCUGUGGACUUUACCCAAACCACACAACUCAACACGUUUUACGCACGUCGAUCAGAAGAACCGAGCCCGUUUUCUAGCAUUUCUUUCACCUUCUUGCUCUGAAUUUCUCCAUGAAGUGAGUGUUGAAUCAGUCUGAACUGCGCUGAUUUCUUUUAUUGCUGCAAAAAAAACAAAAAACAAACAUGGGGUCUGCUUCUGAGUCCUUGUGGAGGAUGAUCCGGCUGGCUGUGACAGUGGCGCUCAUGUCAGCGUGCGGAGCGUCAGAGUACGAGUACCUCAGCUGGAAACAGGACAUGUACACCGGCGGGCGCAGCUACGGCAAGCCGCCCCAGUGCGUGGACAUCCCGGACGACCUGCGGCUCUGUCACAACGUGGGCUACAACCAGAUGCUGCUGCCCAACCUGCUGGAGCACGAGACCAUGGCGGAGGUGAAGCAGCAGGCCAGCAGCUGGGUGCCCCUGGUGCACAAGAACUGCCACCCGGGCACGCAGGUCUUCCUCUGCUCGCUCUUCGCGCCCGUGUGCCUGGAGCGGCCCAUCUACCCGUGCCGCUGGCUGUGCGAGGCCGUGCGGGACGGCUGCACCCCCAUCAUGGAGGCGUUCGGCUUCCCCUGGCCGGAGAUGCUCACCUGCGACAAGUUUCCCCAAGACGACGUGUGCAUCGCUAUGACGCAGCCCAACGCGACCGAGGCCACCAUGCCCACAGGUUACUCUCCCAUCUGCCCUCCAUGUGACAAUGAAAUGAAAACAGACGCCAUGCUGGAGCACAUGUGUGCCAGCGAGUUCGCUUUCAAGACCAAAAUCAAGGAGGUGACGCGAGAAAACAUGGACCGCAAGGUGACCCUGCAGAAGAGGAAGAAGAUGUUGAAAAUGGGGAACCUGAAGAAGAAGGAUUUGAAAACGCUGGUGUUGUACUUGAAGAACGGAGCCGAUUGCCCCUGCCAGCAGCUGGACAACCUGGGGAACCAGUAUCUAAUCAUGGGCCGCAAGGUGGAUAAGCAGUACCUCCUCACAGGGAUCCACAAGUGGGACAAGGCCAGCAAAGAGUUCAAAAAGGCCAUCAAGAAACUCAAGACCUACAAAUGUCCCGCCUUCGAGACCGUCUUCAAAUAAUAUGACCGCCCCCUUGGGUCGCAUCUCAUCCUACAUAUGAACUUGCACAAGCAUUAAAAUCCCAAACUUGGCUUUCCUUUGUCCUGUUUAUAUAUCUAUAUAUCUUUGUAUAUUUUCAGAUAUACUUUGAGUUGUCCAUUGUUAAGUUUUAGUUGAUUGUGGUCAGUGAUGACACCACAGAAAAGGCUUGGGUUUCCUUUAUUUCUUCUUCUUAAGAAAAGGACAUUGUAGUAAAAGCCCUUCCUCCAUGAAAUCAUUUCCACUAUAUGUAUGUAGAUACUUUGUUAUAUUCUCGUUCAACAGGUCAGUGGCUUCAAUGGAUAGUUUGUGAAAUACACUUUUGCUUCAAUACUGAGGGUUCAAUGAGAGGAUUGAUAGUACUAUCAUAGCUGGAGAGUGGUAUUUGAUCUUCUAAUUAAUUCAUCAAGAGAAUGUGCAACUAUUCUUUUACAUGUCUCUCACUGUAAUCAUCAUAACAAAUUCACUCCAGUGAUUAAACUACACAAUUGGCAGUUGCAUUUCAAAACCAUGAUGCUCCACAUACAAUAGGACUCCUGUUGAAUAACUUAUUGACAGAAGUAUGAGAGGCUCAUUCUCUGGUCAUACUAAAGACUGCACUACCAAUCAUUUUCAUCUUUUCCUUUUUUUUUUAUUUCAUUGUUACAUUUAUUGAAAAUCUUAAGAGAAUAACCGCCAAUCUGCAUCAUGAGAGUUUUCUUUAUUUGUUGUUGUGCCUUGUCCCUGACAUUUGGAAUUUUUUUUUUUUUUUUUUUAACACUUUUCUGUCUCUCUACUUCCAGUCUAAAUGCAGUUAUCAGUAUUUAUCGGUAAUGGAAAAUGCCUUAUAGUCACACAUGUUUAAAAGUGCGAAAAGUGAUCAAAAUGCAAAUAUUGCAAACUGUGUGUUCUGGUUUGUUUGCUAAUCUGUUGCUGGUCUGUUUUAGCACUAUUUCAGAUCUGAAUGUCAGCGGUGCAUUGCUGCCUAUUACAUGUACAUACAAAUUUUACAUAAAUAUGGAAAACUGAA